UGUCCAUUGCGGGUUACUUUCUUGUUCUUAGGUUUGAGCGGGAUUAGAGAUGGGUAAUGUACACGUUGUAGUGGUACGCAGCCGCGGGUGAAGACUGGUGCGGUGGUGCGGGCGGGACGCGUCGCUGUUAUAAGGGGGGGUCCCGGGCAGCGCGCGCUCAGUGUGCCCGAGUGUCCCGUGUUGCGUGUGCGCACUCCCGUGAGCUAACGACCACAACAACUUCGACAUGCAGCUCUUAUUGGCCACCUGCUUCCUGCUGUUCGCAGCCACCUUCGGCCCAGCCGCAGCCCAGAGGAUAACCACCAUACAGCUCGAUGGCGUACAAUACUUCAUCUCAAGGAUGAAUCCCUACAGCCCGGAGCUCAACUACUUCCUAGCCUACCAAUACUGCAGAUCAUUAGGAUUGCAGUUAGCGUCUUUUGAGACGAAGGAAAAGGCGGAUUCAAUCACGACAUACCUCACUAAUGCAGGCUACAACAAGUAUGAUUUCUGGACGUCGGGUAAUAAUUUGGGCACAGAUAUGUAUCUCUGGAUGAGCACAGGGUUGCCCUUCAAUGCCACUUUCAACUACAUGCGGCGUAUGGCUAUGGACGCUCCGAGCCAGCCAACUGACGACAGCAUGGACCCUCUUGACGUACCUCAAGGAAGCACCGCCCCUCAACGCACAGCUAGGCAUGGUCUGUAUUCCAGGACGGAGCACGUCAUGACGAACGGGUGCGUGGCCCUCAAGGCACCGACCUUCCACUGGGAGCCGCAGCACUGCGGGGAGAUCAAGGACUUCAUCUGCGAGCAGACGCGCUGCUACUACUACAACUACGGCUCCAUCCCGGUCUCCUCUGCGCAGGGGAAGCCGUUGUCGCUGACGACCACGACGACGGCGCACCCGCUCACGUCGUCGUCGCCGCCGCCACCGCGCUCCGAGCACCUGCCCACACACUUCACCCUCAACGACCUCAUCGGCAAGCUGCGCCCCUCCUCGCUCGACGGCCUCCAGUCCCCACACCUCAAGACUAACGCGUUGCUGAAGUCACCCCCGCAGAUCGACUCACACUAUUCCAGAGCGUCAGAUGCGCACUCGCACGACCACGAGCAGGAGCAGAAGGAGGAGCCGACCCAGGGUCCGUACGAGGAGGACGACGGCAUGGUCGGCGACGACCCGGCGGCCUACCUGUCGCAGGAAGCGCGCGAUGCGCCGGCCGCGGACGAGGCGCCGCCGUCUACCGCCGAGCCGCCCGCCACCGAGCACUCCGUCCACGCCAGCGGCAUGCUGGCGCCCCCCGCCUACUAGCGACCGGCUCGGCGGGACUAGCUUCACUCUUCAUGACAAUUAGCAUUUUUUCUACCAAAAGUAUUACUUAUUUCAUUAGGGACAAGCUUUUCGAGAAGCGAAUAGAAGAGGGGUAUAGAUGUUGAGGGUGUUAUAAGACUUGAUUUUAUCUAUAUCUGUAAAUGAGAUUUCUACAAUCCUAAAGCGUCAAGCUUAGUGAUCAAUCUUCGACUGGGGACUAAGGUUUUUAUGGGGCAAUAUAACUCGUGAAGGUGCUGGCGACUCGCUAUAUGCGACUUGCCUCCGUCUUCGAAUAUCGUUGAAUGAAUAUCACAAAAUGAGUAUUCCACGAAUAUAGGUACCUAACUUCGCUAAGUAUAAGUAUGUAGGUGUGUCAGAUCUCCGGUAUUUUCAUUUAAACCGUAAAGUGUAUUAAUUUAAUUUAAGAAAAUUAAGGCCGUACGAAAAUAUUUGGACAUAUCAAUCGAAAUAGUGGUAUAUAAGAUAGUGUUUAUAUACGUGACGUACCUAGUUAAGUAUAGUAAGUUGAGACUCAAGAAUUUAAAGAAUAGUGAUGUAGCGAAGUUAAUAAAGUUUAAACUUUAUAAGAAA